AUGCCGCACUCCGCACUUAGCCGCGCCGAAGUGGCCAAGCACAACACCGCCGACGAUUGCUGGGUCAUCAUCGAUCACAAAGUCUAUGAUUUAUCGGACUUCCUUGAUGCUCAUCCAGGUGGAAAUGUGGUGCUGGCCCAAGUAGCCGGAAAAGACGCCACAGCCGACUUUUACCAGCUUCAUCGCCAGGAGGUCCUGACGAAAUACAAGGACUUGUGCAUAGGAACCUUGGAAGGCGAGACGCCAGAAGUCAUUGACCAGAAACCUGGCGAUCCCAGUGCUGUACCAUACGCCGAGCCCUUGUGGCUGAGACCCGAAUUCAGCAGCCCAUACUUCAAGGAAAGCCAUCGGCGUCUACAAAAGGCAAUCCGCGAGUUCACCGACAAGUACGUGACGCCGGAAGCGCAACAGAAGGAGAAGGAUGGCACGUAUAUCAGUCAAGAAUUAAUCGACCGUAUGGCAGAAACCAAUAUCUUGGCUAUGAGGUUAGGUCCGGGAGAACACCUUCACGGCCGCACGUUGUUGGGUGGUGUGGUGGAUGGUAAAGAGUUUGAUUCUUUCCACGACAUGAUUGUGACCCAAGAGAUGGUUCGGUCAAGUGCCAGAGGCUACCAAGAUGGUAACAUGGCAGGCAUGUCCAUCAGCCUCACAGCUGUCAAGCAGUGGUUGAGAAACAAGCCCUUGAGAGAUCAACUCAUGGAAGAAGUUCUCUCCGGGAAGAAGAAGAUGUGUCUUGCCAUUACGGAAGCCUUUGCAGGCUCUGAUGUUGCCGGUCUCCGUACGACCGCAGAAAAGACAGCUGAUGGAAAAUACUAUAUAGUCAACGGAACCAAGAAAUGGAUCACAAACGGCAUGUUCUCUGAUUACUUUGUGACUGGAUGUCGUACCAAGAAAGGUUUCUCUGUGAUUUUGAUUCCUCGCGGCGAAGGUGUCGAUACCACGCUUAUCAAGACGUCCUAUUCUACCGCUGCGGGAACCGCCUUUGUGCAAUUUGACAACGUCAAAGUUCCAGUCGAGAAUCUGUUGGGUGAAGAAGACAAGGGGUUCGUCGUUAUUAUGAGCAAUUUCAACCACGAGCGAUACAUGAUGGCAGCCGCCGUGAUUCGUAUGUGUCGUGUUAUUGUCGAAGAGUGUCUGAAGUGGUGCAACCAACGGCUUGUGUUCAAUAAGGCACUUAUUGAGCAACCUGCUAUUCGUCAAAAACUCGCCAAAAUGAUCUCCCAAGUGGAAGCAAACCAAGCCUGGCUCGAAUCUCUCACCCACCAAAUGUGCCAAAUGAGCUACGCACAACAAGCUAAACACCUCGCCGGUCCCAUCGCUCUCCUCAAAUCCUACUCCACCCAAUGCGCUGGUGAAAUCGCCAGUUCCGCAACCAACAUCUUCGGUGGCCGUGGCCUGACUCAAUCCGGGAUGGGCAAGAUCAUCGAAAACUUCAACAGGGGUUACAAAUUCGAUGCCAUUCUCGGAGGUACAGAGGAGAUCUUGGCCGAUUUGGGUGUUAGACAGGCUGUUAAGAACUUUCCGAAAGCUAUGCUUUAA